CAGUUUGACCUUCAAGUGCUCGCAACCUUCAUUGGUGGACAAUACCCCUAAAGCGUUGCCUUAUUGUUUACCUGUGAUCAUAAGACCACUUCAGUUGCUGACCGUUUACCUAUCAAACAGUUUUCUUACAAUUCUGCUAACACCACGGCCUAAAAUCUUUCAACAAUCAUACACGUUCUAUGAUGCCUAACCCACUGAAAACUCUUUGUACAGUGUUUAUGUUCUAUUGUUUCUCAAUAUGCCUAACAUUUUUCAACAGCCGUUGUAUAAAAGUGUUCCCAUAUCCACUCUCAAUCACUUUACUGCACAUGAUCAUUAAAUUCUUAUUGUCAUGGUUCGUAAGGUGUGCACUAUCGUGGUUGUAUAACUGUCCAAGAAUAGAGCUUCCAUGGGCGAAGUACGUGAGGGUUGUUGCUGUCUCUGGGAUCUCUAGUGCCCUAGAUAUUGGUUGUUCAAAUUGGAGUUUUGAGUUCAUUACAGUAUCAUUGUACACAAUGACAAAAUCUACCAGCGUCAUUUUUAUUGUGAUGUUUUCUGUUUUACUAAAACAGGAGAAAAAGCAACCAUCCUUAGCCAUCAUUGUCGUUCUGAUUACCUGUGGGCUUUUUAUGUUUUCAUAUGAGUCUACACAGUUCAAUUACAUAGGAUUCCUUCUUGUUCUCGCAGCGUCAUUCCUAAGUGGAAUUCGAUGGUCUUUCACCCAGCUUGUCGUACAAGGACAAUGUUAUGGUCUUUCUCAUCCUAUUGAUUUUAUGUUCCACUCACAACCAUGGAUGGCACUGGCUAUUUUGCCCCUUUCUCUUUACAUCGAAGGUUUUGAACUCAUAACAGCAAAGAAUCUUUUUCGCACUGAUGCCUUUGAUCAGUUAAUAGGCGACUUAGUUCAACUAGGUACUGGAGCUUUGUUAGCAUUCGGUCUUGAAAUAUCAGAGUAUCUAGUUGUUAGUGCUACUUCAAGUUUGACUUUAUCAGUUGCUGGUAUAUUUAAGGAAGUAUGUACUUUGUACCUUGCUGCAAAAUUUAAUGGAGAUAAUAUAUCUUUCGUUAAUAUGAUUGGCUUCGUCAUCUGUUUGUGUGGAAUCACUCUUCAUAUAGUUGCAAAAGCUGUUAACAGUAGCAAGUACGUCGGAGAAAAGUAUCGUUCAUGAGCGAAAAAGUUAAAUCAGGAAUACCAAUUUUACUGAAAAUUUUUGAAUCUAUACUUUUUAAUUUUCAUAUUUAUUCAUGCUUCAUUUUUCAGUCAAUUUUGGUUAACGGAUAAAUAAUAAAAUAAUAAACUAUUGUCGUCCUUCUAAAUUACUGCUCACCUAUUAUAGUGAAAGCUGUGAAUGGUCGUUUUUUCAACUCUGGAGACUAACAUGUUCGCAACCUAGACGUGCGCUUGACAUUGUUAGUCGAAUCCGAAAAUCUCUAAGUUGAUUGUUGUUCAAACAUCAAAUUGAUAAUUCCUUUAUUUCACGCAAAAAUACUGAGACAAAAAGUCACUAAAACAUAUAUACAACACAUGAUAAUAAAUGAGAUUGCAUACAUAUAGAGAAAGGAAGCUAUGAUGAAUAACAAGUAAGUGACUGAAAGCAGUGCAGUUAAAAAAACAACCAGAAAGAAUUCUUUCGGUCAGAAAAGUUACUCUCACUUUUUUGAAGGAAGUUACAGUAGAAUCGCCACUAGCUUCCGUUCUGAGGCAUGUCCGAUAACGUUACAAGCUAGUGUGUUUCCCCAUCUGUAAGGCCACAAUCAGAAAGUCGUGAAGGACCAACAGAUGCUAGUCCUGUCCCUGUCUUUAGAUACACAACCUAUGGAUUCAAGUCUCCGGCUAGCACCACAAUAUCUGUCGAACGCACUUCCCUAUAGGAGAACACCCAGCUAGUGGUAGGGAUUAUCCGUGAUCGUAUCCUGCCAGUAAUCUGUUGAAGCGUAGGUGGAGAUGACGAUAUGACAUCAUUUCUCAUACGAUUUCUCCUCACAUUGACGGAGUUUUCUACUUUAACAGCACAAAACCAAUUUCAAAUGGGGUCCAGUGGAUUAGUGCUGCCUCGACUCUAGCGCUUAGUGUGGCACCCACGCCACCAAAACCAGACGAAGGCGCCAGUGUCUCCGAAUAAACGCACGUGGAACGAGUUUUUCGAGGUGAAAGAGGGCGAAUUUACAAUACUUCACUAGUCUUGAAUACUGUUCUCGGACAGACAACAGACGUUGAUUUUGAGACUUUCUAAAGACAUAAGAAACCCUAUUCGUUUCCCGUUCUGCACUAGUGUGCGAACGUUAGAGGCCAGUUUGAAUGGCAUAUGUGGUUUCAGAAAGGCUGGUUCAGAAUUCGUAUUCGGUGGUAGCAUUCACUUUUCUACCUAUCAGUAACUUGAGAUCGUUUAAAUAGAACAGGGUUUCCACCAUUGGUGAGCUGCUGUAGGAGUUGAAGUAUAAAGAGGUAUACAAGGUGGGAAUAAAAGCGUAUACAAGUGACGUAAUAUAAAAUGUCGGAUAUUAAAAAAAUGGUUUUGAGUAUGAUUUGCGAGGAAGAAUAUUAGAGCGUGAAUAGUUUUUCUAGCCAUAGUCACCAUUUAUUUUAUGAGUGGGCUCGGACACUACCUGAACCAAACAGGUGGUUUCACUCCGAGCCUUUGACCUAGGAGUCUAAUCCACAAGUCAGUGGAUCAAUGUUAGGAAAUACAGUCCUAUGAUAGCCAGUGAUUGAGAAUAGUUUCAUAUUACCAUUUAUCUCCUUUGAAUCACUGAGCUUGUGUGCACCAUUGGUUUGAAAUCAAGAUUUCCCAACUUCUCUAGGUGGAUCCUCCGUAUUCACCUACCCGGGUUGAUCACCAGAUAUUUGCUUUUCGUCCUCUUGAUUUAGAAAUCAUGACUGCCACGAAAAUCCAAAAAGUUCUUGAGUCUAUACUUCCAUUAUCUUAGCUACUCCGGAGGUCUUUUGUAAGCCUUCAUUGUCAUGACUCUGAAUAUAACGAAUCCGUAAUCGCUCACUUAAUA